GUCCCUCUCCCCGCAAACCUUGUCCUGAUCCUAAACCCACCUUCCUCCCUAAAUUCUCAAGAAAUAAGAAAGCCCCAGUUUAUUUAUUUCGGCAGAGGGCUCACCUGAAACUGUCAGGUAACGAACGACCGGUUUGGUUGUUAGCUACUCAAACACGGGCUGUAAGAAAAAUUCAACCUUUGCCCCACCCUCCCUUGUAAGCAACAAGAUCGUGCAGUAGUUUAGUGCAAUGGUCGAAUUCUUUUUUUUUGGGCAGUUAAUUUGGCGACCCAAUUCCCACCAAGAAGAAACAAAGGAGACGGAGCUCAUGCUGACACACACCAGCACGUCCUCCUCCUCUGUCCCUUUCUCUCUCUCUCUCUCUCUAUAACGUAACAUCAGCAGUUCGGGGUCGCUUCUUUUGUUCUUUUUCCCCGUCUCUUUCUCCCUUCUCCUUUUCUUUGCAUAGAUCUUGCCGCGGGCAAUGUUGGUGGCAUCAGCGUCGCCGGCCGUCGGAUCGCCGUUCCUCCGCCGGUCCCCCGGGAGCGGCCACGGCAGCGGCGGGGGGGCCCGGUUUGGGAUGACCGCCGCCCGAUCCGCCACCGUGUCCGUGGCGCCCAUCUUGAAGAAGCUGCAGAGGGAUUGCGCCACCCCUCUGCCGGUCCUGCGCCACGUGGCGGGCGCCAUGGCCGCCGAUAUGCGCGCGGGGCUCGCCGCCGACGGCGGGAGCGAUCUCAAGAUGAUACUCAGUUACGUUGACAGCUUGCCCAGCGGGAAUGAGAAGGGGUUGUUUUAUGCUCUGGAUCUUGGAGGGACGAACUUCCGAGUGUUGAGAGUUCAGUUAGGUGGGAAGGAAGACCGUGUACUUGCCACUGAAUUCGACCAAGUGACCAUCCCUCGGGAGCUCAUGUUUGGCACCUCGGAGGAACUCUUCGACUUCAUUGCUUCCGGUCUCGCGAAGUUCGCAGACAAGGAGGGUGGAAGAUUUCACUUGCCGCCUGGGAGAAAGAGGGAGAUAGGGUUCACAUUUUCAUUCCCUGUGCAGCAGCUUUCAAUAGACUCCGGCAUACUAAUCAAAUGGACGAAGGGGUUUGCAGUCUCGGGCACGGCUGGGAAAGAUGUGGUCGCGUGCUUGAAUGAAGCGAUGGAGAGACGAGGGUUAGAUAUGCGGGUCUCUGCCCUGGUGAAUGAUACGGUUGCGACAUUAGCUGGAGCCAGGUAUUGGGACAAUGAUGUUAUGGUUGCUGUCAUUUUGGGUACCGGUACCAAUGCUUGCUAUGUGGAAAGGACGGAUGCUAUUCCCAAGCUAGACGGCCAUGUUUCUACUUCUGGGCGAACGAUUAUCAACACUGAAUGGGGGGCAUUCUCAAAUGGCCUUCCUUUGACCGAGUUCGAUAGAGAAAUGGAUGCAGCGAGUAUUAACCCCGGUGAGCAGAUUUAUGAGAAGACGAUAUCUGGGAUGUAUCUCGGUGAAAUUGUGAGGCGAGCUCUGGUGAAGAUGGCUGAAGAAGGUGCUCUGUUUGGAAAAUCUAUACCGGAUAAACUAUUGACUCCUUUUCUUCUUAGGACACCGGAUCUAUGCGCAAUGCAGAAAGACGAGUCCGAUGAUCUGCAGAAAGUGGGGUCGGUCCUAUAUGAUGUAGCCGGAGUGGAGUCCAACCUCGGUGGGAGGAAAGUCGUCGUGGAAGUCUGCGACACCAUCGCCAAGCGAGGCGGCCGGUUAGCUGGCGCAGGAAUUGUGGGUAUCCUGCAGAAGAUGGAAGAGGACUCGAAGGGCCUCAUAUUCGGAAAGAGGACGGUUGUGGCCAUGGACGGAGGGUUGUACGAGAACUAUUCCCAAUACAGAGGAUACAUGCACUGUGCCGUCACAGAACUUCUGGGGACCGAGCUAUCGAGAAACGUGGUGAUAGAACAUUCAAAGGACGGGUCGGGUAUCGGAGCUGCUCUCUUGGCUGCUGCAAACUCAAAUUACGAGCACGACUUCUAGAGUUGGACGCCCGAUGGCUUCGACAUGUCAUUGCAGCAUUUGUUCAUUCAUAGUUGAUUGAAAUUUGGUACAGGGAUUUUUUUGUAGGUGGAAUGCCUGGAUGAAGA